AUGUCUCCAUCCGUCCUUGUCGUCAACGACGGCAACGUCGUCGAGAGCACCGAUAAGAAGACAACCCAAGACGACAUCACCAGAGCCACCAAGUCGGCCGUCCUACAUCGUUCGUUGCACGCCGACCCCCUACAAGUCGUCUCGGCACAAGGCAACUACCUAUACUUGAGCAACGGCCAGAAAAUAUUCGAUGCCACUGGAGGAGCUGCCGUAUCAUGUCUUGGUCAUGGCGACGUUCGCGUCCAAGAAGCCCUCAUCGACCAAAUGUCCCAAGUAUCCUACUGCCACUCCCUCUUCUUCGCGACGCGAGCGCCCGAAGAACUCGCCAAACUCCUCAUCGCCAGCACGUACAACGAAAUGUCGCGCGCCUUCUUCAUCUGCAGCGGCAGCGAAGCCAUCGAAGCCGCCCUCAAACUCGCCCGCCAAUACCACCUCGAGAAACCGCACCCGGAACCCUCCCGCACGCACUUCAUCUCCCGACAGCAGAGCUUCCACGGCACGACUCUAGGCGCGCUCAGCGCUGGUGGCCAUGCCGCUCGUCGGGCCAUCUUCGAGCCUAUCCUCAGCGCCAACACUAGCCGGGUGAGCCCUUGCUAUGCCUACAGGGGUCUGAACGGGAUCUUGGACUCGGAGGCCGCUUAUGUGCGGAGGCUCGAGGCCGAGCUGGACGCUGAGUUCCAGCGUGUUGGGCCGAAGAAGGUUGCGGCCUUCAUCGCGGAGCCUGUGGUUGGUGCUGCGUUGGGCUGCGUCCCCUCCGUGCCGGGCUAUUUCAAGGCCGUGAGAAGGGUCUGCGACAAGUACGGAGCGCUCCUCAUCAUGGACGAAAUCAUGUCCGGGGCCGGUCGUGCAGGCCCAGAACCCUCUGAACGAUACCCGAAACCCUUGCACGCAUGGCAGGACCCUUCGGUUGGUGUUACCCCCGACCUAAUGACCAUGGGCAAAGGCCUCGGCGGCGGCUUCAUGCCCGUCGCCGCGCUCCUCGCCUCCAAAACCAUCGUCGAAACCCUCAAAAUGGGCAGCGGCGCCUUCUCCCACGGCCAGACCUACCAAGGCCACCCCUUAGCCUGCCGCGCCGCCUUGGAAGUCCAGAAAAUCAUCCAGCAAGACGACCUCGUCGCCAACGUGCGGAAGCAAGGCGCCCUGCUGGGGCGCUUGCUGAAGGAGAAACUCGCCGCGAUCCCGGCGGUGGGCGAUGUUAGGGGGAAGGGAUUGUUCUGGGGCGUGGAGUUUGUGAUGAAUAAGAGGACUAAGGAGCCUUUUGAUCCGGCGUUGGGCGUGGCGAUGGGGGUUCAUGAACUUGGCAUGCAACCCCCCUUCAACAUCUCCCUCUACCCCGGCACCGGCACCGCCGACGGCCGCAAAGGCGACCACGUCAUCAUCGCCCCGGCCUACAACAUCACCGCCGACGACGUGCGCCACAUCGUCGACACGACGGUCGCGGUGAUACGGCAGUAUUUCCUUCAGAAUCACCGCGACUGGUUGUUAUCGACCCUUGGCGAUGUGGAAGCGCCGCCUCCAUCGCAGAAUAUCAACAAACCGAGGAAGUGA